UUAUGAUGAAGAGACAAUUAGUGCUUGUGAUUAUCUUAGUUGUUAUUUUCGUUGCUGUCUUGGACGUUGUGCAAGUUGAAGCCAUGAGGCCUUUCCCGGAGGCCGUCGACGAGAUAAGUCUACUGUUGUUUCAGGCGCUUCAAAGAGGUCCGGUCAGUGGCUCUGGUCGGAACGGUUGCACCAAUAUUCCUCGCGGUUCAGGAAGGUGCCGCCACGGCUAAAGCUGUCAUACGAAUCUUCUUCAUUAUUUUUUUAUUCUUUUUUUAGUUCCCA